AUGGCUGCGAGAACCAUCAUCAUCGACCACGGGUCUGGCUUUCUGAAGGCUGGCUUGUCUGGGUUCAAUGAGCCCCAGAUGGUCUUCCCAAGUGUCGUGAACUACAUUCCGUGCAGGGAGAACCCGGGCCCCAGCUACGCCCGGCGGCGCGUGAGUCUAGGCAUUGACAUUUGUCAUCCCGACACCUUUAGCUACCCUGUCCAGCGUGGCCGUGUCCUCAACUGGGAGGGUGUGGAGCACAUCUGGUCGUUUGUCCUAGAGAAACAUAGGCUGGAGGGUGAGGACUGCCCCGUGAUGGUCACGGAGUGCCCCCUGAGGGAGCCUGCGGACCGACAGAAGACCCUGGAGAUUAUGUUUGAGUUACUGGACGUGCCGUCCAUCCUCCUGGCCGACCAGCUGGAGAUGUCCCUGUACGCCUCUGGCCUCCUGACCGGCGUGGUGGUGGAUUCAGGCUAUGGCCUGACCCGCGUGCAGCCCUUCCAUCUGGGCCGCCCCUUACGACCCAGUGCUAAAACACUGGAGUUCGCGGGCCAGGAUCUCUCGGCCUACCUCUUCAGAAGCCUCUUUAAGGAAGAUUACAACGGACACAACCUGUUUCAGCUGGAUACGGUGGCCGCCACUCAGAUGACCAAGUGCUACGUGCCGCAGAAUCUGGGGGAGGCGCUGGACUUCUGUCAGAGCCUGCCGAGCGGCUCUGACAAGAAUAACAGCUAUCAGCUCCCCGACGGCACCCCCGUGGAGCUGACCCCCAUGCAGCGGCUGGCUCCCGAGAUGUUCUUUAGCCCCGAGGUGUUCGACCAGCAAGGGCCCAGCAUCUCCCAGGCCGUCGUGGAUUCCAUCGAGACCUGCGAGGCCGCCAUGCACCCGCUGCUCGUCUCCCACCUGAUGGCCUGCGGGGGCAACACCCUCUACCCCGGCUUCACCAAGCGUCUGUACAGGCUGAUCACUGAUCGUUUCUCUGCCACCAAGGCCGCCAUGUGGGUGGGUUCCAACAGGAAUUUUAGCGUCUGGCUAGGAGCGUCUGUAGUGGCUCAUCUGUCAACUUACAAGUCUGAGUGGAUGACCAAAAUGCAGUAUGAUGAGAGUUUCAGGCAGUGA